AUACUUUCUGUCUUAGUUUUGAUUAGGGCGAUGCGAUGUGAUGAUAAAAACGUCGAAACGAGUCGUCGCAGUUCUCUAAAAAAUACAUUGAUGUGUUCGCUUCUCUGGCUGUAAUUUUACCAUCUGCAAAUAUAUUUUUAAUGUGCUUUACUAGCCCUUAAAAGUGCGCAAUUGAGUGCUAAGUUCCGAUGUGAAAAAGUGUACUGCGGUUCCACUUCGAAGCCACAAUUUUCUCGACUAAAAAAAGAACAGCACCACCGGAGUGUGAGAGCGAUAUGCUUGGACCGCUGCCCCACUGGAGACCACAAAAGAACCUGAUUCCGGAGCCUUCUCGCUGUAGCUAUAGCCUCUCGACUGUCGUGUGAAGAACACCUUUUGACCGAACCGGUAAGAUGACCCUCUGGCAGAACCUGCGCUCCCUGGAGACCCGCAACCUGGACCUGGCCCUCAGUCAGCGGGAGCACCAGUUGGUGGCUGGCCACCUUCCCUCGGCCAUUUUUCGCGAGCGACUGAGUGCGGCGGAGAAUCUCUACCAGCGCAACCUGACCGGUCACUAUGGUUGUGUAAAUGCCCUGGAGUUCAGCCCGGGCGGCCAGUUCCUGGCCUCAGGGGGCGACGACAAGAGGGUUUUGCUGUGGAACAUCGACCGCGAGGUGGUGUCCAAACUGGGAAAGCCCCGCUCCAUGAACGAGAAGCAUGCCAGCAACAUCUUCUGUCUGGGAUUCGACACCCAAAACACCCACAUCUUCUCCGGGGGAAACGAUGAUUUGGUUAUCCAACACGACCUGGAAACGGGAAAAAUUCUGAACCACUUUUCGCACGAUGGACCCGUCUAUGGAUUGAGUGUGGACAGGACCAGUGGGCAUCUCUUGAGCGUGGCCACGGAGCAUGGCGAGAUCCUAGUGUAUGACCUUAGAGCGGGGAAAUCGGAACCGCUGGCCCUUGCAAAAUUCAAGACGCCCUUCAAUGCCGUCGAGUUUCACCCGCUGAACGGAAACUUCCUCGCCACAGCCAAUGCCAAGCGGGGCGCCAUGCUCUGGGAUCUGAGGCACCACCAGCAGGCGCUUUGCCAGUACAACUACAUCCCGGAGUCCCCGAGCUGCAUGAGCGUGCGCUUCAACUGCAAUGGCACCCUGCUGCUCACCCUGCACCGCCGGCUACCACCGAUCCUCUACAGCCCCGGGGCACCUGAGCCGGUGGCCACCUUCUACCACGACGAGUACUUCAACUCCUGCACCAUGAAGAGCUGCACGUUUGCAGGGCCACAGGACGAGCUGGUGGUCUCGGGGUCGGACAACUUCAACAUGUUCAUCUGGCGGCUGGACGGAGUGGACUUGGAGGAGAAGAACCAAUGGAUGGAGACCCAGCCAGUAAUCCUCACCGGCCACCGUUCCAUAGUCAACCAGGUGCGCUACAAUCGCCAGCGCUGUUUGCUCGCCUCGUCUGGCGUGGAGAAGAUCAUUAAACUGUGGAGCCCCUUUGCACAGCAGGGCUGGGAGGGAUCCCUCACACAAGCUGAGACCAUGCCCUACUGCAGCCGUGCCCUGCACCGCGAGUGCUUGGAUCACGUGUCCCAGGACUUCAGUGCCCGCAACACUGAAGAGGACCAGGAUAUGCUGGCGUUCUUCGACACGCUGGUUCAGCACGAACUCGAGUCCUGGAACACCGUGGACAACCAGAGCAGCUCCAGCAGCAGCUCGGACACGUCGACUGAGCGGAGCGAGGCCAGUUCGGCCACAGAGGAGCCUAGCGAAGAGGAGCGCCAGCCAGAUCAGGACCCUCAGCCGGAUCCGGGCCAAGAUGAAGCCAACGAGCAGGACGUUGACACGCCCAAUGUCAGCGAACUGAGCUGGCAGACUCAUCCGAAUCGCAUAUUCUACCUAAUCGCCAAGAAGCGGCGAGCGCUGCUUCAGCUGGCGGUGAGGGGUACAACUGGACAGCCGCGCAACGUGGACCAGUUGCUCCAGAGGCUCCUCAGCGAGCAAAAGCAGGUAGCCACGCAGGCGCGGAUCAGCGACUGGUUGGAGGAGACACACCGCAUCUUCGGAGACGACGAGCUGCCCACCACGUCGGCCGAGGCAGCGGCCCGGGAGCAGCGACGUCGAGCCUGCGAUCAGCUCAGCCGAAGUCCUAGGCGGGCUCCGGAACUGAAGUCGGAUCUCCGCCAGACACACAACAGCCGAGAGAAGGCAUCCGAUGGUGAGGGCGUAAAAGGCCAGCUGGACGUCGGACAUGGUGAGCACCUUCCAACGACCGACGUCCAGUUCGGCCAAGUACUCGGGGAACCGCUGGAUGCUCCACUUGGCGUGCUCCUUCGCCUCGCCCGUCCACAGACCCACAAUUCCCGCGGCCACCAGGCGCAGCACGAUCCGAUUCACCUCCUCCAAAUAGGGCGAGGGGCGAGGCAGGACAUAGGCGAUGUGAUAGUUCUUGGGGCACUCAGGGAUCUUGUGCACUUUCUUCGUCAUCACGUAGCGUAUGUCGCUUAGCUCCAAGCUGGCGGAGCGAGUGACCCCCGCAAAGCCUCCCCUCUUGGACACCAUUUCAAUGAGGCGCUCCUCUCCCUCGGCCACCAGCAACAUCUUGGCAUCCAGCCGACGGUAGACCGCCGAAUCGUGGCCGCAGAAGAGAUCGUCCCUGAAGGCAGGAUGUUUGAUGUAAAUGGGCUGGCCAGAUUCAUCCACUUCCUUUAAGGUAUUCGGAUCCCGGUAGUAGAGUGGUCGAAUAUAGACUGUGGCCAAACUGGACUCGAGCAGGGCUCCGAAGAUCACGCUUACCAGGCACAGAGAAGCCACAAAGAUGCGUUCCGAGUGGAAGGGGGGAAAGCGUCCCACAUUCACCCGCACCCAGACGACCCAAGUGUCGAUUAAGAUACGGCGAGCUUCUCCAAAAUAACUAGUCCUCGUGGUCCGCGAUCCAUUUCGUAUCCGUUGUAUGCCCAAGCCCAUGUUUAGAGCCCUCAGAAGAAGCCAGACCAGGGUUCCUAGGAGGCCCACCAGCAGGAAGCAGAGCCACACGUCCGAGUUAACAGCGAAAAGGGGCAGGAUAGACUGGGGUAUCCUUUGAGCCUUCUUAACAUAGAGGCACAGUUCGUCCAUGUAAACGGCUGCGCUGAACUGGAUGUGGGUGGUUAGGUAGUCCUUGACGAAAAAUCCCGCA